AUGCUACCACUGGCGAUGAUACCACUGGCGUUGUUAGCAGCGAAGACAGGCCAAGUCGUUCCCGAAGCCAGGAACGACCACCAGGCGGAAGCAGCACCAAUGACGAAGAACCACCGAGUCGUACCCCACGCCAGGAACGACCACCAAGCAGCAAUAGCAAUAACAGAACGACCACACCUCCACCGACGACAAGUAGUGCAAAACCCGGCCUACAUGUUCGUCCUCGCGGGUUACGAAACGACAGCUAACGCCAUCGCCUUCACUUCCUAUACCCUGGCCAGGUACCCGCAGUGGCAGGAGCUGUGUGUGCAGGAGCUGCGGAAGGUGAUGGAAGGGCAGGAACAGCGCGUGCUAACGUACGAACAAGUGAGCUGCUUGCACGUGUUGGAACGAGUCUUUCAGGAAACCCUACGCAUUUACCCGCCGGUCCCCUCCUUCGUGACCCGGGAGGCAGGGCUGACCCGAGAGGUGGGCGGGGUCACCAUUCCUUCCGGGGUCAACGUUACCGUCCCCGUCUGGCACAUUCAUCAUGACCCCGCCCUCUGGCCUGACCCCGAGAAGUUUGACCCCGACAGAGAUUUGGGACAGAAAGGUGUGUAA